AACUGAACCGAAGUAAAUAUAGAUUUAGAAUGAUAGUUAUAUUUUACUAACCGAAAUACCGAAAACCGAAAAAAAACGAAUCGAAACCGAACCGAUAUCUGGAUUGAAAACCCCUACUCUUAAGGCUUGCCCUUCCAAUAAAAAAUAAUUUAAAAUCAUGCGGGUCCCACCAUUAUUUAAAACAUGUAUUUUUUACCUCUUCCAUAAGAGGUGAGUUUGUGAGGGUUUUGCCACUUUUUGCAGGUUCCACUGACACGUGACGACCCGCGAUUGGUCCAUUUUUAAUUUUUUUUUUUAAAUCGGAUAAAACAAAAAAAAGUAAUAAAAAAAAGAUUAGAAUCCACGCUCUCUCCCCUUUGCGUUAAUGCUGCUCUAAAAGAUGAGGUUUAAGAACUUUUGUACACUCUUUUUGAUAUUUUUAAUAUUUUUUAUUUUCCUUUAACUAGUAAGAAUUUUUCUAAUAACUCCUUGUUUGAGCAAAAAAGAAAAUGGAGGAGAGAAUAACUUUCCAUGUGCAACUUGCAACCAACCAAACCCUUUAACAGCCUCUUCUAGACCAACACAAGCGGGGGCAAGACAAGCUACAACACGUGUCUAGAUCACAAUCCGUACAGGAAAAACACACAUGUAGGCUCCAACACGUGUUCGGAUCACAGGCAUUAUAAAACCCUAUAACCAUUGGCUCAGUGUUCCUCAGUCCAAGUAAAAUCUUGUAUACAGAGAGAAAUGGACGGUAGGGGAGGGUGUUGCAUUGCAAGGUACACCGACUGAGCUGGACGGUACGCUUAUGAUCUCUCUCAAGCUGAUCGCAUCAUGCUUCGAUUUCGUCCCAUCGCUCCUAAACCAACCAGCGACUACGGCUGCGGAGGAAAGCCCGUAUCCAGCGGAGAGAGCUUUUCCGGAAGCUCCAACGUUUCCUUUAGAGGAAAGAGGAAAUGUCAGCAGACGGAGAACGGAGGUAGCGCUAGGAGGUGCACUCGGCGGAAGAAAUUGGAAAAAACCGUAGCUCACGGCGGGGAAGCUAAGGUGACUCUAUCUCUGUUGCCGGAGAGGCCCGGUCAAAGUGCUUUUACAGAUAUGAAACUGUCGGUGGCGUCUGCGGAGAAGCAGAAGCGGCAGGGUCCGUUUUGGCUGAGUUUAAGCGAUGGCGGCGGGAUGAUUACUCAAACUUACCAGUCGGUGGAGGUCAUGGGGAGAACGGUGGUGAUUUCUUCGUGUAUGACGGUGGAGCGUGUAACAGAUGCAUGGAAUGACGGUUACGGCCUGGGGAGGUCCGACGAAGAAAGGAAGAUGAAUCUCGUGAGGGACACGUGUCCUGGUUUCAUAUCGGACGGUUCAGGUAGAGUGACGUGGACAAAUGAGGCGUACAGGAAGAUGGCGAGGGAUAACAUUCGUGUUAAAGAAGGUGCACCGGAGAACAAGAGCGGCGAAAGUUUCCACGUGAUCGUACGGUUGGUGAUGAGGGAGAGGCCGAUGCUAACGUACACGGCUUUCACAUGCAGGAUGACACUACAGUUCACGUGUCAAGAUCGUGAGAGAUGCUCCGUCACGGUGCCUUGCGACGUGUGGAGAAUGGACGAUGGACGUUAAGGCCGCUUUGUGCCUUUGACCGGGAAAUAUAUAUAAUGUACUGGUACCGCACCGUAAGAUCAGUAUAGUCGCGAGCAGCGACGAAACUGUCCUGAUCGUGCACUGCAUGAUCUCUUCGAAACAAAAUAUGCUUUAGUAAAAGGCAAGUCUCUAGCUUUUUAUUUUAAGCAUAAUAGAUCAUGUCGUUUUUAUUCUGUAGUCUUUGCUUUUCUUUUUUCCUCGAGUGUAAUUUGUUUGGAGUUCUUGUGUGCAUCUUUUUGUUUGCACUAACGCAUUGGUGAUGCUAAUUUGUUUAAAGGUAAUUAAUUGUAAGUGUUAAACAUAAGAACAAUUGUAAGUAUUUAAUGCAUU